AUCCGCCAGCAUCUGUCUCAGUCCGUCUCUGUCCGUCCUCUCUGCAGCAUGGCUCCAAAGAAAGUGGAACCAAAGAAGACGGAGGUGAAGAAGGUGGAGCCGAAGAAGGAAGAGCCUCCUCCUCCUCCCAAACCUGCAGAGCCGGAGCCCAAACCUCCGGAGGUCGACCUGAAGAGCAUCGUGGUCGAGUUCUCCGCCGACCAGAUCGAAGAGUUCAGAGAUGCCUUCACACUGUUCGACGAGACGCCUGCUGGUGAGAUGAAGAUUACCUUCGCUCAGUGCGGAGACGUCAUGCGAGCGCUUGGUCACAACCCGACCAACGACGAUGUGCUGAAGCUGCUGGGGAGGCCGAAGGCGGAGGAGAUGAACAGGAAGCUGCUGGACUUCGACAGCUUCCUGCCCAUGCUGCAGCACGUGGCGCGCUCCAAGGAGCAGGGGACCUUCGAGGACUUUGUGGAGGGUCUGAGGGUCUUUGACAAGGAGGGCAAUGGCACCGUGAUGGGGGCGGAGCUCCGCCACGUUCUCUCCACGUUGGGAGAGAAGAUGACAGAGAACGAGGUUGACCGGCUGAUGGUGGGACAGGAGGACGCCAAUGGACACAUCAACUACACUGAGUUUGUCAAACACAUCCUGGCUGGGUAGAACCUACACCUGGGUCCUUCUGAUGGACUGAGGUUCUGUCUCUGAUGGACUGAGGUUCUGUCCCUGAUGGACUGAGGUUCUGUGUCUGAUGGACUGAGGUUCUGUCCCUGAUGGACUGAGGUUCUGUCUGUUGUCUCUGCUGUGUUCAGUGUUCUCUCUAUGUCUGAAAUAAAACCUCUUCAGUCUGU